AUAAAUCCUCUCCUUAGACCCUAACCGUCUCCUCCUCUCUCUCUCUCUCUCUCUCUCUCUCUCUCUCAAACCGAAAGCUCAGAUUCGGAUUGAACAUCUCUCUCUCUUGAAACUCAGAUUCGUUUCCUUUUUUUCCUUAGAAAUCCGAUUCUAGAGUAGAUUCAUAUAUAUUGUUUUAGAUAAUAAUAGGGUGAGAUGCAAUCCAACGGCUCCGAUUCGCAGCAGCUGCAGCAGGAGCAGAACAAAGUUCAGCAACAGCCGCCGCCUCCACCACCGCCACCUCAACAGCAUCAGCAGUGGAUGGCGAUGCAGUAUCCUGCGGCUGCCAUGGUAAUGCAGCACCAAAUGAUGCCACCUCAGCAUUACGCGCCGCCACCGCCGCAGCACUAUAUGGCUGCAUACCAUCAAUACCACCAGCACCAUCCGCACCUACAACAACCGCCACAGCAACACCAUCAAAACCAGGGAUCUAGCGGUGAGAAUAAAACGAUUUGGAUCGGUGAUUUGCAUCACUGGAUGGACGAAAAUUAUCUCCAUACAUGUUUUGCUUCUACCGGCGAGAUUGCUUCCAUUAAGGUUAUUCGCAAUAAGCAGACUGGUUUGUCUGAGGGCUAUGGGUUUGUAGAAUUUUUUACGCAUGCAGCAGCCGAGAAGGUUCUGCAGAACUAUACUGGCAUUUUGAUGCCUAAUACAGAACAGCCUUUCCGUCUCAACUGGGCAACAUUUAGCUCGGGUGACAAGCGAUCAGACAAUGCGCCUGAUCUUUCUAUUUUUGUAGGAGAUUUAGCUGCAGAUGUUACUGAUAGUGUAUUGCAUGAAACUUUCGCUAGUAAAUAUCCAUCUGUUAAAGCUGCUAAAGUUGUAUUUGAUGCCAACACUGGACGUUCAAAAGGUUAUGGUUUUGUUAGAUUUGGAGAUGAUAGUGAAAGAGCACAGGCCAUGGCAGAAAUGAAUGGUGUAUAUUGUUCAAGCAGGCCUAUGCGUAUUGGUGCUGCAACUCCCAGAAAAUCUUCUGGAUAUCAGCAACAAGGCGGGUAUGCAUCAAAUGGCGCCUCUGGCCAAGGCUUCCAAUCUGAUGGUGAUUCCACUAACACAACAAUUUUUGUUGGAGGACUUGACCCCAAUGUCACAGAUGAAGAUCUCAAGCAUCCUUUUUCUCAGUAUGGUGAGAUAGUUUCUGUUAAAAUUCCAGUUGGUAAAGGAUGUGGAUUCGUACAAUUUGGCAACAGGAGUAAUGCGGAGGAGGCAUUGCAAAAAUUGAAUGGGACAGUAAUUGGCAAACAAACGGUGCGUCUUUCUUGGGGUCGCAAUCCAGCAAAUAAGCAGUUUCGAUCAGAUUUCGGCAACCAAUGGAGUGGGGCAUACUACGGAGGACAGGUAUAUGAUGGCUAUGGAUAUGCUUUGCCACCACCUCACGAUCCAAGUUUGUAUGCUGCAACGGCUGCUGCAUAUGCCGCCUACCCUGUAUAUGGCAGCCACCAACAGCAAGUAAGCUAAAAGAAUUGCAACACGAGGACUCGAUAGUUUCUAGCAAUCUGGAAUUGUCACGCACGAAGAGACAAGCCUGUCUCAUUUCUCCGCAGAUCUAUUGGUUCUGUAGAAUUCUUAUAAAUCCCUCCAAUUUGUGGAGUGGAACCGAAUUUUGAUGACCUGAGAUAGUCUUCUAUGGAUUUAAUUAAUCAUUUGUUUAGAAUUACGGUAACUGAGGUAAGAACUUAUUUAUUGGAAUGCAUGAAUCUGUGAAUGUGUGGCAAGAGUGCUUCAUGAAUAAAACAUGGGGUCUGAUAUGUGUGUUAA